AACAGGUUUCCGGAAAUGAGAAUGUUUUUAUUUUGUUAUGUGUGUUUUUUGACUGAAUUAAAAGAAUAUUUGUGUUCUUUUAUCGUAUAACAGGAGAAUUUGAUAUGUGAUGGAUGAUGAUGAUAAUCAAAAAGAAACUCCAUUAGUAAUGGCAGAAGAACACAGUGAUACUGAGCUUGGUAAAAGAGCUGAAAUACCUGGGUCAGAUUAUCCUUCUCAGUUACCAAUACAAUCUUCCAAUCAAGGAGAAAAAACAGAAAAUUACAAUCAAAACAAUGACAUGGGAAGGAAUCAAGAUGUUGAUAAAAUAGACACCAAUAAAGAUGAGAAUGGCAACCAUGAUAAGUUCCAAGACAGCCAGAAUAUUAACAUCACAACAAACGAUGAUGUAAAGAAUAAUUUAUCUGAAGAUCCUUCUCUGGGAAUAACAUCAAAUAAUGGGGGCACUGAGAUAGUUAAUCAAGAUGGGAAUUCCUCUCCAAGACCUCAAAAUGUUACCACAGGAAGUGUGGUGCCAUCUUCCCCAAAGAAUGGAAAUUCCACAGAGGAAGAACAAAUUGUAACUUCACCAACAUCCUCAAAUGUAAAACAGGGUCCACCAGAUCAAGCAAUUUCUUCACCCACAACCCCACAGAACAUCAACAACAUGACUUCCACUUCUUUACAGCAACAACCCAACUCCACCCCAUCUUCACCAUCCAGAGAUAUUGGCAUAAUUAAAUCAUCAUCAUCACCAUCAAAGCACAAUGAAACAGAAGAUAAUAAAUCUCCGAUCUUCUCGCCAAGAUCCCCCCUGUCUGGUGUUGCAUCUGAUCAGGGAGAGUCUUUUGAUUCUCAUCUCUCUGAUUCUGAUGGUGAUAACAGUUUAAUAGCACGACAGUUAGUUAAUGAAGUUCUUGAUAAAGCUAUAGGUACAGUACAAGAAGGUAACUUGGAGAAUGAAGACAUUACUCCAAGACAAUCUAUAGAAGAACAUGGUGACAAUCAAAAUGUAUUUGUACACAGAGGUCAAGGUAAUGGUGUUGGGUCAUCUAAUGAAGAUGGGGAUAAUGAUGAACACCAUGGUGAUGAUGAUGAACACCAUGGUGAUGAUGAUAAUGAUGACAUUGAUGGCAGUAGGAUAUCACAUAGAGUUCAAGAUGGUGAUAAUGAUGAAGAUUUACAUAUAAAGGAUGAAAAUAUUGAAAUUGUGGAUGAUAAUGAUGAUGAUGAAGAUGCCAAUAUGGUGGUAGAUGAAUCAACUUAUCCUGAUUAUCCAUUGAUGUAUGGUAAUUAUAAAGUGUGUAGACAGGUUGCACCAGGAGUAAAAGAAUGUUUGAUCCUAGAAACUGGAGAACACAUAAAAUAUGAUAAAACACGAAAAAGAUCUGAAUCAUCUACAACAAGCUCUCCAGCAAAAAGUGAGGCUACAGAAUCUCCCGCAAAACCUGAUGAUAAGCCAUUGUUUAAAGUCGGAGUAAAUCCAGAUGGAACAUCAGGAUUUCCCCACUUUGAUUUUGGAAACUCAACAGAUAACUUAUCACAACUAGUUUCAGAGGGGGAAACCAGUGAUGUUCCUUCGACAGCUGAUCAAGUAGUAAAUGAUGAUUUAUCAAAAUCUCAUGAUGAUGAAACACAACAACGAAUAUUAUCAACAGAUAAAUCUGAAAAAAUAGAUGGAGAUCAGGAAAAGGAUGAAGAAAGCGAAGAAGAACAACUUGAUAAUGACAGUCGUAUUAUUUUAGAUGACGAAAACAACAAAGAUACAGUUAUAAAAAAAACAGAUGAGCUAAACCCUGUACCUAAAACCGCUAUACAUGCCCCCUCUUACAAUAUUGAUAAUUAUACUCAUAUUAGGAAUGAUUAUUUUGGACAACAAAACCCUGCAGAUUUUGAUGAAGGUUUGGCAGCUGAAUAUGAAAAUAAAGAAAAUAUACCUGAAUCUAGAAGACGUAGAGUUCGUAUAUCACCUAAUGGUCGACCACCAAUUAGUCCAAGUCGUGUGAGUCAGGACUAUAGGGAUUAUAAAGAUAGAAGUUAUACAAGUGGUUUGACUAACGAAAGACGUGAUGGUUAUCAACCAGAGUUAGUAGCAUCGCCACCAGGUGCUGGACCGGUUCCUGGCUUUAAUACAAUGCAAGAACAACAGGUUAGUUGGUUGAAAAUGUUUAAAGUUUUAGAAGAUCAACAUCGGAAAGAACUAAGAUCACAAUAUGCCAAACAUACCAAUAUGAUAGAACAGAUGCAAUCUACAAUGGAAACAGAAUUACAAAAACAGCAAAAUAAUAUUCAUAGACGUCUUGAAGCUCAUAGAGAUGCUUUGACUGAAUCAGGACAUGAUUGUCAAAGUCAUUUAGAUCUGUAUGGCUACUAUACCAAUGACCCUACAAAUAUAAGACCUUCACCUCGAAAUAAGCACUCCCCAAAAACUGAUAGAUAUAUUCCUAGGUCGCCUCAUCGAGAUGAUUACCACUCUGAUUCGUCGGAUAUAGAUCCUUUAGAAGUAAGGCGUCGAAUGUAUUCGUCUCCAAGAAACCACAGAGUUCCAGAUGACAUACCAUGUCGUGCCGAUAUCUCUGAUUAUUCUACUCUUCCAUCUGAUUCAUUCCAUGUUAAACGAUCUCUAGAAAACGAAUUCAGUACUCCUCAUUCUUCUCCUGAUCGAAUCACAGAACAUAGACGAACGCCAAGGUCAAGUCAUGAUAAUUCAAGGACAGAUAUUGGAGGUGAAAAGUUAUUGAGAGGGGGUGUUUAUAGUACACCCAUGCCGAUGUCAAAAGGACGAUCUUCCAAGAUAUUAGAUGAUAAUAGAGGUAUAUGUGAUAUAAUACAUCGAUCACCACAUGAUUCUAUAGAAACUUUACGAAGCAGCCAUCUACGAGCUUCAGGUGAUCAGGAUUAUAAUGACGAAUCUUUAUCAUACAGCUCCAGAGUAAAUUUACGAGAAAAACAUGCCAAACAUUUAGCUGAUUUACGUGCUUACUACGAACAAGAGUUACAAGAAUUACGAUCAGUAUUAAGUUCUUCCCACUCUAAUAAAGAAACAGCUAAUGAAAGAAUGUUAAAAGAAGAUAAUCAGGAUUUAAGGAAACGUUGUGAAGAUUUAACUGAUGAAUUAGACGAUUCUAAUAAUCAUGUUAGAGAAUUGGAACAGAGGCUACAGGGGUUAGAAAUAAGAUCUGCCGAUUAUGCUGAUAGAUAUGAUGAUUCUCAGAGAACAGUAUUAACAUUAAAAACUAGAUUAGAAGAAUUACAUGCUUAUGCUAAAGAAAGAGAUGGUUUAUUGGACAGUUUACAACAAAAAUUAAAACAUCAAACAACAGCUUUACAAGAAGCUUAUAAGGUACAAGAUGAAUUACAAGAAACAUCACAGAGAGAUAAACAAACAUUACAACGUGUUUUGGGAAAAUAUGAAGGAUUAGAAAAGGAAUUUAAAUUACUUCAGGAGUCUGCUAUAAGUAAAGAAAGAAGUCUAUAUGAAACCAGAACAGAAAUGACCGAUUUAAAUAAGGCUUUAACCAGAUUAGAAUUGAAGAAUAAACAACUAAUGAGAGAAAAUGAAAACCUGCAUCAUAAAGCUGCUAUAGCUAUGAAUAUGUCUUCUGUUAAGACAAGUUAUGAAGAUUCAUAUUCCCAUCAUGAUCCUCCAGUCAGUAGUUAUCAACCCUCAUUACAUCAUAAUAUUACCACUAGUAAUAGCCUACAAAAUGGGCGAAUUGAUGAUAGUAAUACAUUACUACAUUCUUCAAGAGAAUAUGAUACAAGUAAUUACAAAGAUUAUAAAGACUAUUCAAAAGAAUCUUUAACCGAAUCUGAAAAUACUCGAAUUUCACCACUCAUCAAGGCAGAACAAGAAUUACGCAAACUUCAGACUAAUCAAACUUUCUCAGAUGAUUCAGAUCUGAAGACACAGAAAAAGUUUUUUGGCAGUGAUAAUGGCUAUCCUGGAUGUAGUCGAGACUUUGCUACAGGAGCAAGAGUAGAUGUUAAGGCACCUGCUAGAACUACUGAACAUUCUCCUAGAUCCCGCCUUUCAAUUAAUAAAAAUCAAGCAACAUCAAGGGUUAGUCCUAAACGAUCCAACAUUAAAACUCAGAAAGAAUUCUCACCCCACUCUAGACUUGAUGUCAGUGUUAAGGAAGUUAAAGAGAAGAAGAAAGUGGUUGUUAUUGAAGAGAAGAAAAAAUCAUCUCGACCGUCAAAUGAUAACAAAAGAACCCCAUUAGCUCAGGGAAUAGAUGUUAGUAAAAUGAAUGGGGAUACUCUAAAUACAAUAAAGAAGGCAGAAGUUACUACUACAAGUUCAACUUCUACUACUGAAUCCUUGCCAGUACAAGCUUUGACUCGUGAAGAAAGAGUGAAAGAUCGUUUACAAAUGAUACAACAACAAGAAAAAAGAUAUGAUGAGUUAACAAUUGAGAAGAGACAGCUUGAAUCUGCAUUAAACAGGAUACCAAUACAUGGGCGAGUUGAUAGAAAAUCUAAAUCUGAUAAGAUUGAUUUAGAGAAGAAGUUAGAAAAAGUUGAACAUGAAUUAGGAUCUGUGCGGAUGUCUUUACGAAAAUAUCAAGUCCUCAAAUCAUCAAGAUAAAACUUUGCCACUCUCUGAUAUUAAAAGAGCCAGUUUAUUUCUAGUCUGUUUUUUGUGAUAUUUAUUUGGAAAUCCUAUUGAUGUAUUUGGUCCUGAUCUAAGGAGUCAGCAUGCUAUAUGCUAGACAAGCACAUAUUCAAUCACAUCCUCUCUUAUAAAAAAAUAUAUUGGCCAAAAAAUUAUUUAAAUCAUUUAAAAACUAAAGGGCUAGUAAUCUAUUUAAACAUUAUAUCUCAAGAUAAGAAUUUUGCUUGCAAUCUAAUUUUAACAUCCUUAAUUUAUAUAUUAACUGUUUAGCAAUUUGGAGAUCUUUAACCCUGUUUACAUUAUAAAUUUUAAGUAUUCCAGGCAUGGCAAGGUUAAUUUUUUUGUAAUAUGAAUAGGUAAAACAUAAGAGUGCCAUACUGAUUACCGUGCCAAACUGGCCCACUGAAGUGAAGUGAUCUUGGCACAGUGCCAGGCACGGCACGGUUAAAUUUUCAUAGUGUAAACACUAUCCAGCCUGAGCACGGUUUCAGUACGGAUUACUGCACAUGCACCAAAUGAACCUUGACUUUUUUUCUGCGAACUUUGACAGUUCUGUCAAAAUGGCUGCUCAAACUAAAUCAACAGCCAUAAUUGUUUUCAUCCGGGUAAUUUGCAUAGGAACUGAAAUUAACUUUUCUGUGAAGAGUUCCACAUUUGGCAUGCCUGGCAUGGCUCUGAGACCGGUAAACGGGUCAAUUUCUUUAAAUUUAUCGCGCCUAGUACCAUGCCGAGAAUAGCACACUUAUCGCGGCCAUGUGUAAGCAGGGCUUUUGACUGUUAAUAAAAGAAUAAUUUUCAAUUUGACUAAGUUUUCUAUUCAUUCAAUAUCGUUAUCUUUAUUUGUCUCAGCUCACAACAACAAUAACAAUUCAGAAACAUAGCCAACUCUUUGUACAUAUUUUUCAUGCUUUAAUUAAAUUGGAACAGCAGAUUUCUUUCAAAGUAAAAUGUUACAUAUGUGUUUGGUUUUCCAUUAAAUACAUCCUAAUUACUUGAUAAUAAUAACCUUAGAUAGUAUUCAGGCAUUUUAAAGAAUUUCUAUAGAUAGAUUUGAUUAACGGUGGAAUGUAUAUAAUUUAAGUGUAAUUUUUCAUUCUAUGCAAAUAGUAAAGCAUGAUGUGAUAGGUUGAAGUAAUAUUGGUCUUAGAAAAUCUUCAAACACAGUGUUGAUCUCACAUUCAAAUUUUUAUUCUGUGUUUAAAAUAUCAUUUGCUAGUUUUCUGUGCUUAGGGUUUGGGUUAUUAAUUUAAUUACUAACAACUUUCUUCAUGAAACAAGUCAUCCUUUAAAAUGGGUGUUUUUUUGUUUUACUUCAUUAUGUGUAUAUUUAUCAAAUGCAUUGCUGUUGUGAUAAUUCUCAGACUUUCGAGCAAUCCAUGCUAUUCAUGUAAUAUUGUUACAGUAUAAAUGUAUUUUAAAAAUAACAGUAAAUACUAACAGUAAUUCAGUUAUAAUAAAUUACACUUUCUUCUGAGAAACUUAACACUGAUUUAUCAUCAUUCUUAAAAACAGUAAAUCAGUAUUGUACAAAUAUAUUAUAUUCUAAAUAAGGCUUGAUCAAAUUUAUUUAAAUCAAAAUGUAUUUAGGGAUUUGAAUUAAAUCAUUGAUUAUAUGGCAUUAACAGGUGCAUAUUUUAAUGUAGUUUUGUUGUGGACUUGCUGGAUAAAAUACUGUGUACAUGUAGAUGUCUUGUAAUCUGUUUCAAACAAAUUCAUAUUUAAUAUCUCAAAUGUUAACUUAUUUAAAGCCUUUUGGUAUACAUGAAAAAAAAUGAGAAUGAACAGUACAAUGCAAUCUGAUUAAAAUACAGAUCUAUAUUUCGUUUCGUUUUUUUAUACUUUCGAUGGCCUACACUACAUGAAGAUCUGACAAGUUAUAGCGAUAGGUCACGUCAGGGGUCAAAAGACCGACUUAUGACCCUAUGAUGUCAGACAUUUGAUUAACCAAUCAGCAUUGAUGUUACUAGUGGAUUACCCACAGUUCCGUGCAAAACACGCCUAAAGCUCGCCGUAACAGACCGUUUCAUUGUUAAAUAACAACUCUUCCAGAUUCAAGUGUAGUAAAGACAAGUAAAACGAAAUUUUGAACUAUAAAAACGAAACGAAAUAGGAUCUGUGUUUUAACCAGAUUGAGUACAAUGUAGAGGUCAAAUUACAUAUUAUAUGUAGGCCUAUAAGUUAACCUAUAUUCUCUGAAGGAUUUAGUAAGAUUCAUUCCGUGAACAGCCAUGAAAAAGAAUAAUCGUUUUUUAUGGUAUAAUAAAUUCAUUUGUUCUAGUUUUUACACUACAUACUUCUACUUUUAUUUGACAGUCGGAAAAUAAAUCAAAGUUAUACAAGUUAUCCAUUCUUUUUUAUUGUAGUUGUAUUAUCUAAUAAUACAGAUUGUGUUUAAUUUUGUAUUUUUGUAGUGUGAAAUGUGAAGGCCACUUAAAUGUUAUUUUAUAUUUUAGUUAUUUAUUUGUUAUUAAGUAUAGUUUUAUUAUUAUUUACUUAUUAUUUAUAUGGUGAUUAUUAUACAAAUCAUGUAUCAAUAUCUAAAAGUUGCUCAUACAUGUAUAUACUAUGAUAUUUAAAUAUAUACUUUACAAAUAAGUAUUAUUCUUUCUUGGCAAAUCCCUAAUACAUAACUACUGCUCUGAUACUCAUAUGGUCAAUUGUGUUUAUUUUUCAUUACCUUAAUCCUGUUGGCUUAUAAGAACAUGAAUGUAUUAAGGUUUACAUCCUAAAUAAUGUAAUCUGAUAAUUGAAUAAAGAAUUUUCAUAUCAUUCAUCUUCACAUGAAUUGAGUAUUGUAUAUAUAUAUAUAUAUAUAAAAAGUCAGUUUCCAAGUUUCCAUAAUAUUAAACUUUGAAUGAUCUUCAAAAAUAUCAAAAGCUAGGCAUAAAUUCACUUUCAGUGCAUUACAAUUUUAAGAUAUAUCUAUCAACAAAGUUAUCCAAUAAUUAUUUUCUAGUCUUUUAAAAAUAUUACUGACUUGAUCAUUGAGUGACUAUGUAUGGUUUAGUGAGAAAGGUAUAUAGGAUUACCAUGAUAAGAUUUAUAUAGAUAGUAUGUUAUUUGUGUUAAGAUUAUAUAAUGUGACUGUGUGUUAUAUACAAUGUAAUUAUAUAGCUAUAAGCGAUUAUGGAAAUAUUGGAAUUGUAAUAUUAAGACCAGAAUUAAUAAAAUAAAAUUCACAUA